GCCGGUUGCAUACGCCUCUCACUCACACUCGACACCCUUCUUGCUGGCUGGCUGCCUCUCGCCGGGCUGUUGUCGCCUGCCUGCCGGCCUGCCUGCAUCUCUGUCUGCUUCUCCAGGCCUGAGCAGAUGAAAGGAUGAGAGAAAUCACGCCUGCCCUGCUGCCUGGAACAGCUCGUGCCUGCCAAGCUCCGCUGGGGGGAAAGAUAAAUAGGGAGACUGAGUGAGGGGAGGACGGGAUGAAGCUCACCACUUCUAAAGUGCCCUUUAUCUGUCCAUCACACUGGUCCCUGCUGCCAAUCUUUCUCAUAACAAGCCGGAGAGGGCAGCUGGUAGCAGAGAAAUAAAGCAGGAUGCCCCCGGGAGUCGACUGUCCUAUGGAAUUCUGGUCCAAGGAAGAAAACCAGAGCGUGGUGGUAGAUUUCUUGUUGCCUACAGGGGUCUACCUGAACUUCCCCGUCUCUCGAAAUGCCAACCUCAGCACCAUCAAACAGGUCCUCUGGCACCAUGCCCAGUAUGAGCCCCUGUUCCACAUGCUCAGUGACCCCGAAGCCUACGUCUUCACCUGCAUCAACCAGACGGCCGAGCAGCAGGAGCUGGAGGACGAGCAGCGGCGCCUCUGUGACAUCCAGCCCUUCCUGCCUGUGCUGCGGCUCGUGGCCCGCCAGGGGGACCGCGUGAAGAAGCUUAUCAAUUCUCAGAUCAGCCUCCUCAUCGGGAAGGGUCUGCACGAGUUUGACUCUCUGCGGGACCCAGAAGUCAAUGACUUCCGCACCAAGAUGCGCCAGUUCUGUGAAGAGGCGGCAGCCCACCGGCAGCAGCUGGGCUGGGAGGCCUGGAUGCAUUACAACUUCCCGUUACAGCUGGAGCCCUGUGCCCGGGGCUUGGGGACCGGGACACUGCGCGUCCCCAACAGGACCCUCCUUGUCAAUGUCAAGUUUGAGGGCAAUGAGGAAAGCUUCACCUUCCAGGUGUCUCCCAAUGACUUUCCCUUGGCCCUCAUGGCCUGUGCCCUCAAGAAGAGGGCCACCGUGUUUCGGCAGUCAGCCAUGGAGCGGCCAGAGGACUACACCCUGAAGGUGAACGGGAAGUUCGAGUACCUGUAUGGCGGCUACCCCCUCCACCAGUUCCAGUAUAUCUGCAAUUGCCUCCACAAGGGGCUGACCCCCCAUCUCACCAUGGUGCACUCCUCCUCCAUCCUGGCUAUGCGAGAUGAGCAGAGCAACCCCACUGCGCAGGCCCCAAAGCUCCGCACCAAGCCGCCCCCGAUCCCUGUGAAGAAGCCGUCCUCCGUGUCCCUCUGGUCCCUGGAGCAGCCCUUCUGCAUCGAGCUGGUUCAGGGCAGCAAGGUGAAUGCGGACGAGAGGAUGAAGCUCGUGGUCCUGGCCGGUCUCUUCCACGGGAAUGAGAUGCUGUGUAAGACGGUGUCCAGCUCUGAGGUGACCGUGUGCUCGGAGCCCGUGUGGAAACAGCGCCUUGAGUUUGACAUCAAUAUCUGUGACCUGCCCCGCAUGGCCCGGCUCUGCUUUGCCCUCUACGCUGUCAUCGAGAAGGCCAAGAAGGCUCGUUCCACCAAAAAAAAGUCCAAGAAGGCGGACUGUCCUAUUGCUUGGGCCAACCUCAUGCUGUUUGACUACAAGGACCAGCUGAAGACUGGCGAGUGCUGCCUGUACAUGUGGUCCUCCGUCCCAGAUGAGAAAGGGGAGCUGCUGAACCCCAUGGGCACUGUGCGGAGUAACCCCAACACUGAGAGUGCCGCUGCCCUGGUUAUCUGCAUCCCGGAAGUCGCUCCACACCCUGUGUACUACCCCACCAUGGAGAAGAUCUUGGAGCUGGGGAAAAACGGGGAGCACGGACGCUUCACUGAGGAUGAGCUGCAGCAGCUGCGGGAGAUCCUGGAGCGCAAGGUGGCCGCAGAGCUGUAUGAGCACGAGAAGGACCUGGUGUGGAAGAUGCGCCAUGAGAUCCAGGAGCAGUUCCCUGAGGCCCUGGCCAGGCUCCUGCUGGUCACUAAGUGGAACAAGCACGAGGAUGUGGCCCAGAUGCUCUUCCUGCUGGGCUCCUGGCCCGAGCUCCCGGUGUUGAGCGCCCUGGAGCUGCUGGACUUCAGCUUCCCCGACCGCCACGUGGGCUCCUUCGCCAUCCAGUCCUUGAGGAAACUGACGGAUGACGAGCUCUUUCAAUACCUGCUGCAGCUGGUACAGGUACUCAAGUACGAAUCCUACCUAGACUGUGAGUUGACCAAGUUCCUGCUGGACCGGGCCCUGGCCAACCGCAAGAUCGGCCACUUCCUCUUCUGGCACCUGCGCUCAGAGAUGCACGUCCCCUCUGUGGCUCUGCGCUUUGGCCUGAUCAUGGAGGCCUAUUGCCGGGGCAGCAACCACCACAUGAAGGCACUGAUGAAGCAGGGGGAGGCACUGAAUAAAAUGAAGGCACUGAAUGACUUUGUCAAAGUGAGCUCCCAGAAGACCACCAAGCCACAGACCAAGGAAUUGAUGCAUGUGUGUAUGAGGCAGGAGACCUACUUAGAGGCCCUCUCGAACGUGCAAUCUCCCCUGAACCCCAGUACCUUACUGUCUGAAGUCUGCGUGGAGCAGUGCACCUUCAUGGACUCCAAGAUGAAGCCUUUGUGGAUUGUGUACAGCAAUGAGGAGGCCGGAGGAGGUGGGGACAGCCACGUUGGCAUCAUCUUUAAGAACGGUGAUGAUCUCCGCCAGGACAUGCUGACUCUUCAGAUGAUCCAGCUGAUGGACGUCCUGUGGAAGCAGGAGGGGCUGGACCUGAGGAUGACUCCCUACGGCUGCCUCUCCACGGGGGACCGGACGGGGCUCAUCGAGGUGGUGUCACACUCGGACACCAUCGCCAACAUCCAGCUCAACAAAAGCAACAUGGCCGCCACAGCAGCCUUCAAUAAAGACGCCCUGCUGAACUGGCUGAAGUCCAAGAACCCUGGGGAGGCCUUGGAGCGAGCCAUCGAGGAGUUCACGCUCUCUUGUGCGGGCUACUGUGUGGCGACCUACGUGUUGGGCAUCGGAGAUCGGCACAGCGACAACAUCAUGAUCCGAGAGAGCGGGCAGCUCUUCCAUAUCGAUUUUGGCCAUUUCUUGGGCAAUUUCAAGACCAAAUUUGGAAUCAACCGUGAACGAGUCCCAUUCAUCCUCACCUAUGAUUUUGUCCACGUGAUCCAACAGGGAAAAACCAACAACAAUGAGAAGUUUGAGAGGUUCCGCAGUUACUGUGAAAGGGCGUACACCAUCCUGCGUCGCCACGGCCUCCUUUUCCUUCACCUCUUUGCUCUGAUGCGGGCAGCGGGACUGCCUGAACUCAGCUGCUCCAAAGACAUCCAGUAUCUCAAGGACUCACUGGCCUUGGGGAAAACAGAUGAAGAGGCCCUGAAGCACUUCCGAGUGAAGUUUAAUGAAGCCCUUCGAGAAAGCUGGAAAACCAAAGUGAACUGGCUGGCCCACAACGUGUCCAAAGACAACCGGCAGUAGCAGUGGCCCCAGCCCCGGCCUCGAGCAGCGCCGGGGGCCCUCUGACCACUCGCCUGCAGCGCCCACUGCUGCUAAGGGACCAUCAGCUGUUUCUUUGGGAGCCAAACAGCCUGUGCUGCGUCUCGCAGGGCAAGGACCUACUCCACAAUUGCCUUUGGUUUACAUGGAAAGAAAUUCCUGCAUUUAAUUUAUUGAUGACUUGAAACUUUAAGGAAAGAAGGAAAAAGCAGCAAACUGAAAUGCGUUCUUCUGUGGGGCAAGGAAAGGGAGACUUGCAGUUUGCAAUAGUUCGAGCUUUGGAUAAAAGAAGAAAGGGGAUGGCAUUUGGGCUCCGUUGUGGAGGACCCCGUCAUGCUCUGAGCCAAAAAAGGCCCCCACCGGUGGGUCUCAGAGUGAGUACUGCCUCAUCUUGAGAUGAGAACACGUUUCCUCUGAGACCAUCUUCGCUGGCUUCUGCUGUCCAGCGGGCAUCACUGCAUCUGCCAAGCAGCCAGGAUGCCGUGCCCCACUCACCACCUCGCAUCUCCUCUCUGCUGAGGCCCCAUCUGGGCCCGGAGGAGGCUGCCCUGGCAAAUCCUUGCUGCAUCUGCGCAUUCUCCACUAGCUGCUAGUACGUGGGCCGGCUCCCUGAGGAAGCCUGGGCCCUGCUGCGGCCCACUGCAUUUUAUUCGGGAUUCAGGGAUGUUCACUGUGUAUCUUCUAAUUUAGCUCUUUUCAGAUGUGAGAAGGAAGGUUCCAUCUAGUCGUUCAUCAGAGCAAAGUGAUUUGUCUGUACCUAAGAGGGAACAGCCAAUCUAGCUCCCUGGGCAAGCCCAGGCUAAGAGGAAGCUAUGAAUUGUAUUCACUGGCACGUCCACUUUCAGUUGGGAUGUGUGGUCUUUAAAUGCUUAUCAUCAUUCAACCAUGUUUAAAAAACAAAUCACCACCAAUUGGGCUUGUCUUAGCUUGCACUGUUAACUGAGAGGUGAGAAUGGGACAAGUGUGUUAUAAUGUAGUCACUGGCUGCCUGCUCCAGAGAGCAGCAUCUGGUUUUUUUGGUGUUUUUGUUUUUUUGUUUCUUUUUAACCUUGAAACUGUAUGAAAAGCUUAUAGGCUACUGUCACCAUGUCCUUCGCUAGACCAGUUCCAGGUCUGGGACUUCUGAAAACUUCAUUUUCUGAUAUGCCUUCAGCAACAAGCUUCCAGAUUGUAUGUGGUGAGUGGGUGAUUGAGGGUGGCCAGGGCCCCUGAUAGGAUGGUUUACAUGUCACUCCUACCUGAGGCCUGGGAGUUGCCUUCACCAAGCCUCCCUGGCCUCUUCCUGCCUUGUAACGAAGGUCCAGAUGACGGAGGUUGAGGUGUUAAGGGAGUCAGAGGCAGGAAUGACUCUCCUCUCCCUAGACCAGGUGCACUGUUAAAUAAAGAACAAGGUGCUGCCCCCUUUCUCGGUUCAGGUCGUGUGUACAUCAGGCCCAGGUGAAAGGGCCUCUUGUGUGCACAGUUAGGUUUGCCGCCGCUGGGCGGGUCUGCAUCAAUCAGAAAUCAGCUCCCACCCACACUGCCCCUGUCCUGUUUGGAGUCCAAAUUGACUGCACUUUCGUUUCAAAGUAAAUAAUGAAAUUAAAAAAAAAACACAACAGAACAAAACCCAUCCAGCUCACCUGUUUUAAAAUAGGAAAAGCCAAGACUAGAACUUUAUUUAUUUAAACGGGUUUGUGUGCUUCCUGGCUUGAGGCAGCACAACUUUGCACAUACAUAGCAAUUCUUGGUUUCAGUGUACAGACUGUAUGUGCCUAGUUUGAAGAAAUAUUUUCUAUUUUUUUAAAUCAUUUCAUAUUUCUGUACGUAGAAGGAUGUGUUGUGUGUGACUGUGGGUUAAGACAAGUGGUCUGUGAAACCUUGGAAUGAGAGGUAGAAGCAGAUUUUUAAAAAAAAAAUAAAGCCUUUUUACGUCA